CAUAGCAGAUGAGAAUACUGAGGGCUAACUGUGCUGCCAACAAUUUCAGACGAGCACUUGUGUCUUUUCUGAUAUGAGAGAGCAAAUGUUUUCACAAAUAUAUACUUUUCAAUGAAUUCCUACGACUGGUCCCAGCCUAAGCCAGGGAACGAGCAGCCUUCUAGCUCUCCACCACCUCAAAUAUGCCAGAAUAAUGGACCUGCCAUGACCGAAAAUGACUUCAUGGCACCUCCAUGCCCACUAUCUCCACCUCCUCCCUCACAGGAGUACAGAGCAGAGGUGCCAUCUAACAGCCACAGUUUGGCCCUUCCAAGAUCUGACUCAAUUGAGACCCCAUCUGGUGUUAUCACACCUGAAAAUUUGAUCUGGGAUCCCCCAAAUCUACAGGAGCUUGGUCCACUGAAAUUAUUAGGUGUUUACAACCUUCCACCACCCUUCUGGCCUGCCAGCUUAAAGGAUAAGGUGAAGAAUCUUGGCUUUAAUGAGGAUGAGACAAACAGAGCUGAUGACAGCAGCAACAUGAAGAAUCCAUCCGACUCUGCUCCUCACAAUACGUUUGAAGAGCUUCUUGAGAAUUUGGAUUUCUCAACACCUUCUCCUCAUGCAAAUGAGGAUAUCUUUGAAAUACUAGGCCUCUCUGUUGAUGCAUACAAUGAACAGACUGAGAUUGAUGCCGUCAUAGAGCAAGAAGAGGACAAGGACAAGCUCCCGCUCAGUCCUGUCAUCACUGGCCACAACAUGGAAGCUGCAGCCUUUGAUUCUGAGGAACUUCUGUCUUAUUUUACAUGCUCAAGAAAGAGAAAUAGUGCUAUUUUCUUUGACAAUGACUCCUCUUCUGCUGCUGACGAAAGUUCUGCCAUGUUUAAUGAUUUGGAGCUCUUUGAGCCUCCACAUGCAAAGCCUCAACUGGACUCUAAUGAAUAUGUUGAAGACUUUUUCACUACUUUUUAUAGUGCUAUCUUCUCAGACGAAAGCACUGUUUCUUAUGAUUAA